AUGGCACAAACUAGAAGAUCAAAAAUGAUUGAUGAGAUUGAUUCUCGUGCACCAGUAGCAGCAACGGUUGCUGAUAGUGCCGAUCAACUCACCACCAUAUACGACAGUGAUACCUAUGGUCUCAAUGCCAUGCGUGAGACAUUGCCAUCGCAUUGCUACAAAAAGAUCCGUGAGGUUAUUUCAACGGGUCAAGCACUCGACCCGGCCAUUGCAGACAUGGUAGCCAACGGUAUGAAGGAGUGGGCCAUCAAGAAGGGUGCCACCCAUUAUACCCAUUGGUUCCAACCACUCAACGGAUUGGCCGCCGAGAAACACGACGCCUUUAUCAGUAUCUUCCCAGGAGACGACCGUCUCUUGCUCGAAUUCUCUGGUAUGCAAUUGAUCAAGGGUGAGCCCGAUGCCUCAUCGUUCCCAUCAGGUGGUCUACGUAGCACCUGGGAAGCCCGUGGUUACACAGUGUGGGAUCCAACCAGUCCCCCAUUCAUCAAGCGUGAAGUCAACGGUAGCAUCCUCUGCAUUCCAACCGCCUUUUGUUCAUGGACUGGAGAAGCCCUCGAUCAAAAGACCCCACUCCUUCGUAGUAUGGACUAUGUCUCUGACGCUGCCCUCGCCGUCCUCUCUUCCAUCUUUGGUGAAAAACAUAAAAAGGUUUUCCCAACCCUCGGUAUUGAACAAGUAUGCGAAUCCUCAGUCAAAGACAAACAAACAAACAUACAUUUCUAUCUUUCAAGACCAGAUUUAAUUAAUUGUGGUAGAACUUUGGUAGGAGCCAAGCCACCAAAGGGACAAGAGAUGGAGGACCAUUAUUUCGGCUCUAUGAAUGCUAGAAUUGUAGCUUGCAUUCAAGAGGUAGAGUGGAGAUGCUGGAAGUUGGGCAUGCCGUUAAAGACGAGACAUAAUGAGGUUGCCCCAGGCCAAUACGAGGUGGCACCCAUUUUUGAGCGUGCCAACGUUGCCUCGGACCACAACAUGUUGUUGAUGGAUAUCCUAAAGUCGGUGGCUAUCAAGCACGACUUGAUCUGUUUGUUGCACGAGAAGCCAUUCGCCGGUGUCAAUGGGUCGGGCAAGCACAACAACUACUCGCUCGCCACUGAUGGCGGUGUCAACCUUUUGGACCCGGGACUCACCCCAUCGCAAAACGCACGUUUCAUCUUGUUCUUGUCGGCCAUUAUCCGUGCCGUCGAUUUACACGCUGAUCUGUUGCGUGCAUCCGUUGCCAACCCAGGCAAUGAGCAUAGACUCGGUGCCAACGAGGCGCCACCAGCCAUCAUCUCGAUCUACCUCGGUCAAGAGUUGGACAAGGUUGUGCGUGAUAUUAUCUCGUCCAACAAGACCACUUUGACCAGUCCACCCCAAAAGAGCGUCAACACGACCGCAUCGACCACAUCGACUACCGCCAACAACGAGGUCAACAACAUGUGGUUGGGUGUCGACCAAUUCCCACCACUCCCACGUGACUCGACCGAUCGUAACCGUACCUCCCCAUUCGCAUUCACCGGUAACAAGUUUGAGUUCCGUGCAGUCGGUUCGUCGCAAGUCACCUCGUUCCCAUGUAUCAUUCUCAACACCAUUGUUGCCGAAUCGCUCAUUUAUAUCCGCAAGGAGAUCGAAGCAGCCAUUGCAGCCGGCACACCCGCCUCUGCAUCCUACAACCAAGUCAUCAAAAAGGUGUUGCAAACCCACGAGCGUAUCAUCUUUAACGGCGACGGUUACGGUCAAGAGUGGCGUGACAUUGCCGCCAAGCGCGGCCUUCUCAACCUGCGUUCCACCCCCGAGGCCCUCAGCCUGCUCAACUCGGACAAGAACAUCAAGCUCUUUGAGCAAUCCAACAACAUCUUGUCGCCUGUCGAGUUGGCAUCGCGUCAACACAUCCUCUACGAGUUUUACAGCAAGUCGAUUGCCAUCGAAGCCAAGUCCAUGUACGACCUCGUCGCCACCUCGGUCCUGCCAGCCUGCUACAAGCACCAACGCAACGUCGCCGAGUCGCUCAACUCGAUCAUGCCAUUCAUCCAAUCGCAACCCAACUUUAAGCAACCAACCGCCCAAAUCAACAAUCUCGGCGAGCUCAUCGAGAGCAUCAACCUCCUCUCGGAGCAAAACAUCAAGCUCAACAACGCCAUCAAGCACGCCACCUCGAUCGAAAGCGACUGUGACCGUGCCACCCAUCUCAACCAAUCCGUCAUCCCCAUCAUGAACGAAGUUCGUCGUUACAGUGAUCACCUCGAAACCAUCGUUGAAGAUAGUCUUUGGCCACUUCCAAAGUAUUCAGAAAUUCUUUUCCUUCGUUAA